AUGAACUCAUUACCCAUACGGCGGCCCCUGGGCUGCCUGAAGACGGUGCUUCGGCACUCGAGACAACAGAACAGGUCAUUCCGCCUCAGCAAGGCCCAGCUGCCGCGAGAGAUGCCCCCAGCACCAAAGACAGCCGCCCCGGCAUUCUUCCCGAUCCAGGACAAGCACACCCCCGACAAGCUGCGCACCGGCUUCGCGGUCUACACCUCCCAGUCGAACGUGAUCCCCUCGCUGAAGCUUACACACCCGCACCUGCGCCCCCCGCCGGUGAACCCGGUCGACGCCCACCACGCCUACCAGAUCCGCAAGAUGGACCCCUCGGGCGCCCGGACGCGGCUCUUCAGCAAGGAGAACCCGGACAGCGCCCGCGUAGGCGACAUCCUGCUAGUGACCACGAAACGGGCCGCCGAGCCCUUCGCCGGCGUGCUGAUGAGCGUCCGGCGGCGGGGCAUCGAGUCCAGCCUGCUGCUGCGCGGCCAGCUGGCCAAGACCGGCGUCGAGAUGUCCUUCAAGAUCUACAGCCGCAACGUCACGGGCAUCGAGAUCAUCAAGAGGCGGUCGAGGAGGAUGCGGAGGGCGCGCCUCACGUACCUGCGCCAGCCCAAGCACGACGUGGGCAGCGUCGAGCACCACGUCCGCGAGUGGCGGCGCAGCAGGAAUGUCUUUGCCAGUGCUGCCGGCAAGGGCAAGAGGAAGCAGAAGAAGCGGGUCGAGUUUUAG